GUGCAUCUCACCCACAGAGUGGAAAGAUUCAAGGGGACAUCAAUGGAUUAUAUCUGAUCAAAAGAUUGUUGUUCCCUAAAAAGGAUGGCAUUGAAGGAACAGUUUGGAAUCUAAAUGUUGGAAAGUUUCUCUUUCUCACUUGUACUCACUUCUUUGUCCUGUCUCCCCCAUCCAUUUCUCUAAGGUUAGGGGCCCUAGUCGCUCAAACUAUGAACUAAAAACAGCCAUCUUCGCUCUCCCCAGCCACUUUCUGUCUUCUUGUUCUCCCCCUGCUUAUUCUCCUCUCCACCGGCUUUGUCAUGUCUGUAUCCACGAGGAACCCAGCACAUCGCCGGCGCUCUUUCGGUCCUGUCUCACCCAAGCGGAUCUAUAGAAACCUGUCAGUCAGGCUAAGGGGAGAAGAGUCAUCUGUCAGCGGGGGAGCAGACACACCCAAUCGCCUUGGAAAAUCUGCAGAUGCAUACAAGAGCUUGUGGGAUGCGGUGGAGAAUGAAGACACAUUGGCCGUACAAAGUCUGCUCUCCCGAAUCCGCAACAACUGUGCAGGAGGUGGAGGAGGAAGCAUGUGGGAGAGAGGAGAAAAGAAAGACAGGGACUGGGAGAAAGAGCGGGAGAGGGGGGUGAACAGAGUGAGUGAACAGGGCCUUGUCCCCUUGGAUGUGGCUGCCCUUACCCACAAUUCCCCUCUGCUCCAUGUGCUGGCAAAGGCUGGCGCUAGGCAUAACCCGAUUUUGUGCAGACCAGCAGAAUGGGCACGGAAGCUUGAUGAUCUUGUGGCGUUGGCGAAAGAAAGGGUGGAUGAGAGGAAGCAGGAGUUAUUGACGAAGGCUGGGGCAGGGUCCCAUGCACAGGCUGAUGUCCAUAGACAAAUCAGACUCUGGAGCCUCAGACUGCAACUGUACUGCCGGAUGAAGGAGAAUUUCAACCACACAGAACUCCCAGGUCAUCCAUGUCAAGUAUCCAUAGUGGUGACCAGCACAUCUUCUCUGUUUGUGGCAAUCAAAGAGCCAGAAGGUGACUGCAUGGGACUCAUCACCUGCUACAAGGUGGAAUGGAGCACCUCAGCAAGCUUCAAGCGCAUCCUUGGCUCAGCUCAUGUAACAGAGACCAAGAAUCCCUCUUAUCUUAUAAAGGGACUCACUGCUGGAGUGCAUUACUUUGUCAGGGCGAGUGCCUACAAUGUGAAAGGAUGGGGCCUACCUCAAAGCUCUAUUCCAGUCAGCGAUGCACCCUCCAGUUGGAGAGAGUGCAAUGGUGUGAAGUCGCAGUACAGAAACCAUGAGGCCCUAGUGAGGAAGCUUCUGGAAGAUGCCGGAGAGCCUCAUAACAGAGGAUACUACAAAGAGAGCCCUAAACCUCAGAGUCCCAACAUGCGUCUGUCGAUAUCUCGGGGCAUCAAACAACUGUUCCAGUCUGCUACCAAGUUUGUUCGUCUCUUACAAAGGGGUGUGUACUUGGCAACUGUGUUCUACCACAAGGAAAACAUCCUCGUGACAGCUGAAGAUCAACUCCCACUGGUGGAGAUCCAGUGCUGCUCAACCACUCUCACCCCCAACUUUGUUUGGUUUGCCAAGUUGUCCUGUGCGUGGCAGCAAGUGCCUUGGCUCCAGCAAGCGCUCUCCUCUGCUCAUUCAUCUUCCUCGUCCCUCCUACAGAACAGGCGCAAUAUUUUAAAAGCUGUCUCCCAGCUGCAGUCUUCCUUGGGGACGAUGGACCUUGGCCAAGUGUACUAUGAACCACUCAAAGACCGACAAGGCAACAUUUUACUUGUGACAUUAAAGGAGUUCCCAAAUGCUACCAGCUCUCCUGAGCCUCCACUGCAAUGGAUGCCCCUGGCUCGCCUGGAGAAGAACCGUAGCAGAGCUCCCCUACUGCCUGAACCCACCGCCAUGGAUAUGCUCUAUGAACACCUCAGGGUGAGGCUAGUUUGGUUAGAAAAAGAGAGUGAGGGAAAGAGAGAAACUAACAAUAAAGAAAUAUGCAGCCCAAGGCUAUCACAGGAGAAGCUGGACUACCACAGGCGCAGCAAUCAUUGGGCCAAAUCGGGCCUGUAUGUGGGCAUCCUAAAACUAUGGAGCUCCGUGGAAAACAUCAGGGUUUUGGUACCUCAAAGGCUUCCCAAUUUACUAUGCCAUGCCAGGGUCAGACACAAUGCCCAUGUCACCAGAGAAGAGUGGGCAUGGCUCCAGAAUAAUGUUUAUGAAACAACCAGUGACGGUAUUCAGAACCUACUGGGCAGCAAGGAUGACAACUUGGUGGAAAACAGCAGCCUGGUGGAGUUCAUCAGGCCCCUGAGAGCAGCCGUCUCACAUCUUCUGACAAAGCUCAACAUACCCCUCUACAGGGCCUAUCAGUAUGGAGUAUACACCAGAGAACUGCUGCAGUUAGGAGACAAAGUUUCCAUGGUGCUGCUUCUUCCUCCAAGUGAAGACUUUAGCUCCAGCUACUGGCCUCUGUUGGGAACCAAAGAGCCCGGCCUUACCAUGCCCCUGCAGCGCUUUGAGCUGGUUCACCUCUGGAGAUAUGAAAGGGACUUUCUGUCCCAGUACUGCCAGGCGUGGGUGAGGCUGGAGCUGGACACUCACCUGGCUCAGCAGGCUCUGCGGGAGGCGCUGGACACAAGGGAAGUGCAAGUGGCCCGCGAGCGUCUGAACCAUGUCACUGAGAUUUCCAAUCGUCUGGAUGUUUUGUGGCGGGAUGCCCGCUGGAUUAUGGACUGUCUGCAGUGCGUUCGGUCCAAGCAAUGGGUGGGAGCGGUGCCUCUUGGGUUGGUGAUGGGAGGAGACCCGCCGCCAUGUCCCGAGGCUGAGGAAGAGGAAGAAAGACUGACUGCCAGACUGACGUGGCCCCAUCGGCUGCAGUCAAAAAGGGCCGCCACAGCCUGUAAUGCAUCUCUGUCCACGUCAGAGGCUGAGCUGAGGAUUGCUCUUCUCGGAAAGACAGGAUCAGGAAGGAGCUCCUCAGGUAACACCAUCCUGGGUAGGUCCGCCUUCAGGGUGGAUGUCUCCCCCUGCUCUGUCACCACUCACUGCAUGAAAGAGACUGGGACAGUCGGCGGAAGGCACAUCUCUGUGACUGACACGCCAGGGUUCUUCCACACACACUUGUCCACUCAGGAGGUCAUAAGAGAAGUGGGACAGAGUUUAGUCCUGUCCUCUCUCGGACCCCAUGUAUUCUUGGUGACCCUGCAGCCUGGCAGGUUCACCCAGGAGGAGAGAGAUGUCCUGGAGUGGAUCAAGGCAACAUUUGGACCUGGAGCCAACAGGUUUACACUGGUGCUGUUCACGCGGGGAGACCAGCUGCGAGGAAAACCUGUUGAAGACUUUCUGGAGCAGAAUGAUGAGCUGUCGGCAUUUGUCAGCAGCUGCCAUGGAGGAUAUCAUGUCUUUGAUAACAGCGAGACUGAGAAUAUGAGCACAUGCUCACAACAAGUGGAGCAACUUCUGAAAAAGAUAGCCAAGAUUGUGGCAGACAACGGAGGCAGUUGCUAUAGCAAAGACAUGUUUAAGGAAGCAGAGAAUGCCAUCAGGGAUGCUCAGGAGAGGAUUUUGGAAGAAAGACGACACAGGUGGCUUCAUAUGGAGGAUGACGAAACAGAGGGGCAAGAGCCAGCGGUACAAACGAGGCAGAGGAAGGAGGAAGAGGAGGCCAGGCGGAGGGCAGAGAGGCUCUUCUGGUGUGAGCUGUUGACUGCAUUAGGAAAAGGUGCAGCAGAAGGGGCUGGUGUCACUGAGACAGACAAGAACAAAGGCAAAGCUUUGAAGAAAGUCAAGGUGGUGGAGAAGGCAGCGGCUCUGGUCACCUCGCCGUUCUCCAUCAGUUCGGCUGCAAAAGUGGUGGGCGGUGCUGUGAGAGAAGGAAGUAAGGUGCUAUACAAGCACCGUAAAACAUUCCUACACUAAAGGGAUUCCGGAUCGGCCUCUGUCGUCAACUAAACACAUAAGUAAGAAAGAAAUCAUCAGGGGCCAUCAACACACCACGUGAAGCCUGUGACAUUCUGUUACAUCCGAUUUUAUGUGGCUGCACAAACAGAACAUAUUUGCACAAGUCUUCACAGAUCACAAUAAAGGCAAUGUUAAUAAAUGAUGUACAAUUUAAUUUAGGGAGAAAAACACAUUUAAAGUAACAAAACACCCUGACAAUCAAUAGCUUGAAUUGGAUUGAAUUUAUAUUAUGCUGUGAUAUAUUUCAUUUUUGGCUUGACUUAUGUUCAUGCAAAAAUGGUUAGCCCUUUUACUCCCAUGAAGAAAUACAUUAUCCGAAGAAAAACUAAACAAGACAAAUACAAAAAGAACACAUCCUUGGCAAUAAGGAGCAAAGGUACAGUAUUAACAAGAUAAACAGAGUGUUCGAUGAUUCAGAAUGAAAAAAGGCACUUUGUGCUAUAUUACAGAGUACACUUUAACAUACAAUGUAGUAUUUGUAAUUAAUGCAAAACAUUUGAAGAUUUCAAACUGUGAGCACUCAUGUAGAUUUUGGACAGACUAUGGAGCUGACAAUGAUUUUUAGAGUCUGCAAUUCAUCAGCUCAUAUUCAAUGUCAGAAACUGCAUUCAUUUGUCACUGCGGUCUCAGCCUCAGUUAAUAAAGAAAACCUGUUCGUUAUAGUUUUGUAAAGAUGCCCGAAUUUAGGCUCCAUGUAAAAACUUCAGAUACAUUUUCAGUGUCGUGUUUGCAUCUUACCGUGUAAAGUGAAAAACAUGGAAACAUACCAAACCCAAAUAAUGUAUGCAUACACACAAAAACACAGACAAGAAGUACCAGCCAGACAGGAAUUCAAUUUGGAGUAAAGCACUUGUUUUGGUCGAUAGAACAUCAGCUCAUCUGUCCCACAGUUAAAGACGUACAGUUGAGGGUGGUGGUCU